AUGGAGCUGAGCAGCAAGAAGAAGCUCCACGCCCUGUCCCUGGCCGAGAAGAUCCAGGUGCUGGAGCUGCUGGAUGAGUCCAAGAUGUCCCAGUCGGAGGUGGCCCGGCGCUUCCAGGUCUCCCAGCCCCAGAUCUCACGCAUCUGCAAGAAUAAGGAGAAGCUGCUGGCGGACUGGUGCAGCGGCACGGCCAACCGGGAGCGCAAGCGCAAGCGGGAGUCCAAGUACAGCGGGAUUGACGAGGCCCUGCUCUGCUGGUACCACAUCGCCCGGGCCAAGGCCUGGGACGUGACGGGGCCCAUGCUGCUCCACAAAGCCAAGGAGCUGGCCGACAUCAUGGGCCAGGAUUUUGUCCCCAGCAUUGGCUGGCUGGUCCGCUGGAAACGCCGGAACAAUGUGGGCUUCGGGGCCCGGCACGUCCUGGCGCCUCCGUUCCCCCCCGAGCCACCUCCCCCGGGCCCCACGUCCCAGGCCCAGCCUCCUCUUUCUCUCAAAGACUUCUCCCCCGAGGACGUUUUCGGCUGCGCCGAAGUGCCUCUGCUGUACCGGGCAGUGCCCGGCAGAGGGGGCGCGCGCGACCGGGUGCAGGUGCUGCUGUGCGCCAACAGCAGAGGCACCGAGAAGCGGCGCGUGUGGGUCAGCGGGCUCCGGGCCGCGCCAACGUGCCUCUUCGGGGUCAGCGGCGCGGCUCUGCCGGCCUCCUACCACCCCGACCUGGGCGUCCCCUGGUCAGAGUGGCUGGCCCAGUUUGACAGGGACAUGGCGCGGCAAGGCCGACAGGUGACCCUGCUGCUGGCCGCCCGGGUGGCGGAGGGGUUGGCCGGCCGGCCCGGGCUCCGCCACGUGCGGCUCCUGCCUCUGGCCGCCGACGGCAGCACGCCUGCGCUGCCCGGCUCCGUGGUCCGGGCCUUCAGGACCCACUACCGGCACCGCCUGCUGGGCAAGCUGGCUGCCGUCCGGAGCAAGAGGGCCGGCGCCUCGCUGGCCGAGGCCGCGGCGGGCAUCACCGUGCUGGACGCGCUGCACAUGGCGGCGGCCGCCUGGGCCAAGGUGCCCCCCCAGCUCAUCGGGAGCAGCUUCGUCCAGGAAGGGCUGGCUCCCUGCAAGAUGUCCCCGUCCCCAGACCAAGCCUCCGAGAUGCCGCCGGUCCCCGGCGGGCUGAGCCUCGAGGAGUUUUCCCGCUUUGUGGACCUGGAGGGUGAGGAGCCCGCGUCUGGGGGGUGCAAGGAGGAGACGGGCACUGAGGACGAGGCGGGGGCCGGAGAGGACGGCCUCGGGCCCCUGCCCACCAAAGCCGACGCCCUCCGGGCACUGGGCACGCUGAGGAGGUGGCUGGAGUGCAACGGCACCUCCCCUGAGCUCUUUGAAAAAUUCUACGCCUGCGAGGAGGAGGUGGAGCGUCUCUGCGGCUCGUGAGGGGCCCCCCUUGCUGCCGGCCGGGGCCCCCCUCUCCUGUUUCCCAUGGAAACGCCCUCGCUAGGAAGGCGGGCUGGAGGCUGGGCUCUUUCCGCGGAAACGGAGCUUCGGGAGAGGUGUGGAAGGGAGACAAGCGGUGGAGACCGAGUCGAAGCCCCGAGAGAAGGUCGCCCCAGCCUCCAGAAGAGGGCUCUGAAGAUGGGGCGCGCGGGGCGGGGUGUGAGGCUAGCGCGUCGUUUCUCAACCUCCAGGGAGGCCGCAACCUGGGAAGGAAGAAUUGAGGCUCUACGGACAGGCCGAUCCCUUGAACUCUGUGUCGGAAACAGUUCUGCUUCUGGAAAUAAAGUUUUUUUAAUCAGAA